AUGGCAGAGAAUAAUUGUACUGCUAGGUUAAAUCGAUUGCGGAAAAAUCUUUCUGUGAGAUUUAGUAUUUCGGCUGUUCAGCAAGAGGAGGGACGGUACUGUCUGACAGAUAUCAUUAACUGCUUAGAUUCUAAUUUACAAGAAACCGUAAAGGAAUUGGGAAGACAGUUGAUUACGGAAAGCAGCAGCAUCCGAUUUGGUUAUUUUCAUGAUAAAACAGGAGAAAAUUUCAAAUUUAAAUACGAUGUUCCUUUUAUUUCCAAAAAACACGACAUUGCAAUUCUGGAAUUAAUAGAGGACCCAAGCAAGGUUUUUCCAGAUUCAGUUGAGCUGGUCAGCCUAAAUGCUCCGAAAACAUUGAUUCAUAUUUUAGGUCAUCCUGGAGGCCGGGAACUACAAACAGAUCCUGGUUGUAAAAUCAUAUAUGACGAACAUGAACUCGAGAAAACAAUAAAAGAAUCGGUUAAAUUUUUUUCUACCCUCUUUGUCAAUAUACCAAUUGAUGAAAGUGAUUUCUCGAAAUGUAAAAUUUCAGCAGAACAGAUUCUCUUUCAUUGUUCAAAGAGCACAGCCCAUGGCGCCUCGGGAUCGCCGUUGAUUCAAAAUGAAAAUGAUCAACCCGAGGUGAUAGGCAUGCUCUUGGAAGGAUAUCCAAAAAUUUUCUACAACGAAUUGUGCAACAAUAUCGAAGCAAACAAACGUCCAGAUCUGUUGAUAGAGUCGGGUAUAUCAAUGGAGAAGGUGAAGUCUUUAUUGUUUGAACACCGAUUAAGUGAACUUUCUAAAAGCAUUUUUACACGAUAAAUUUCAGGCUUUUUUGUAA